CAUCAGUGUUCGUUAGUUGUGCGCGCGCUUGGCUCGGAUGCAGACGACAUGGACUUCGAUGAGGUACUUAAGGAGGUGGGAUCUUUCGGCCUCUACCAGAAAGUCAUUAUAUGCUCGGUGCUACUGCCGGCUGCCCUGCCCUGCGCCUUUCACGCCUACAGUCAGCUAUUCAUCGCGGCCACACCACAGCACUGGUGUCGAGUGCCAGAGCUGGAGCCAUGGACCCAGGACUAUGAGCAGUUGGUGAAGAAUCUGAGCAUACCGCGGAACCGUCACGGUGCCUACGCCGAGUGCUCCAUGUAUGCCCGCAACUACAGCGACAUCGUCCGUUACCUGGAGUACCGACCGCCCUUUGAUCUGAUCAGGCAAGAGGCUGAAGAUCUGCUCAAGCUGCAGCCGGAGUCUGCGCGUAUAGUGCCCUGCCAGCAUGGCUGGCACUACGACAAGUCCAUUUACUCCAGCACAGUGGUCCAAGAGUGGAAUUUGGUGUGCGACAGAAGCUACCUGGUGACCCUGGCGUUGGUCAUCUUCGGUGUGGGUGGACUGCUGGGAAACUACGUGUUCGGUUAUCUGGUGGAUAUGUGGGGCCGGCGACCCUCUUUCUACGCUUACCUGUUGCUGGAGAUUGCCGCCUGUGCGGCAAGUGCCUUUGCCUGGAACUUCUCCGUUUGGCUGUCGCUUCGCUUUGUGGUGGGGCUGACAGUGCCGGCCAUUCUGGCGAGUCCCUACGUCCUGGCCAUUGAACUGGUGGGCCCCGAUCGUCGCGUCUUUUGCACAAUCGUCUCGAACAUCGCCUACUCGUUGGGGCUGGUCGUCCUGGCAGGCGUCAUCUACAUUGUGCGAGACUGGCGGGAGCUCAGUCUGGCCGUGUCCAUGCCCCUGCUGAUGCUCUUCUCCUGCUUCUUUCUGCUGCCCGAGUCUCCACGCUGGCUGAUGGCCGUGGGGCAGACGAAGCGAGCGACCAAGAUACUCAAAGUAAUGGCACGCGUGAACGGAGUGCGCAUCACCAAAGACUUCGUGGAGCGCCUGCAGCACCGCCUUGUGACAACGAAGGCCGCAGAGACGUCGGCCACCACGCACUAUGGGAUCUUGGAUCUAUUUCGAGGCACCAACAUGCGCCGCAAGACCCUGAUAAUCACAUUGAUCUGGUUCGCAAACACCAGCGUGUAUGUCGGUCUUAGCUACUACGCCCCUGCAUUGGGCGGCGACGAGAUAUGGAACUUCUUCUUGGCCGGGGCCGUGGAGCUGCCCACGUAUCUGCUCCUCUGGCCAGGACUCAGCUAUUUCGGACGUCGCUGGAUCCUCUUCAUUUCGAUGCUCGUGGGCGGAGUGGCCUGCGUGGCCACAUUCCUCUUUCCGAAAAUCACCCUGCUGCUGUACUGCGUCGGAAAGAUGGGCAUCAGCUCGUCCUUUGUGGUGCUGCCGCUGUUGGCCUCCGAGCUGUAUCCCACGGUGGUGCGGGGCCUGGGCAUGAGCUUCAGCUCUGUGGUAGCCAUGAUCGGGCCCAUUGUCAUUCCGAUUAUCAAUCACAUGGGCCAGCAAAUGCUGGCGUUACCGCUGAUUGUGAUGGGGGCGCUUCUUAUUGUUGGCGGUUUUGCCAGCCUUCUGCUGCCAGAGACUCGAAACAGGAAUCUUCCCCAGACUCUGGAGGAGGGGGAGGCGGUACCACUCAGUGUCUUGCUAUGCUGCUGCGUGGAGAGCGCCAACAAGAAGAGUCGCCCCGGAAAUCGUCCCAGGGUGAUCCCCGAGGCUGCUGCCGCCGCGGUGUAUCAUCGAGUGGAGAGUCGCAGCUCUGGUCCUGCUAGCUGCAAGGUUGUCUGCAGUAUUUGCAAGAAGGAAAUGCGCACAUUGUAAUUAGUUUAAUCUCUGACAAACAUUAAAUUAAAAUAAU